UUCUUAAUAUUCCCGGGGAAAACAAUUCCCCGGGAGACUUGUUCUCCCGAGAGUAAAAUUCUCCUAUUUCGAAUUCCCCGGGAAGACAUUUUUCCCUUCGAAAUCGGGAAUGGAGAAUUUUGAUUUUCGAAUCAGCUGUUUCGUAUUGUUUGACAGGAAAAAUAACUCGCGAACAAAAUUUUCAUCAUUCAAAUUAAAAAAAAUUUAAAAUGUUUUCAAUCGCGGCAAGGAUUUUACGUGAAGAAUAUGAAGAAAGUGAACAUGUAAAACCAAGGACUAUUAGAAGAUCUUUAAGAGAUAGUGCGAAUCCCUUCGAGUUGCCUCAAUGGCUGUUUCAAAAGCAUUAUAGAGUAAACAAGGUUUCCUUUAAAUACUUGUUGGAUGUCCUCAUAAUGUACAGUAAACCAACAAGAAAGCGUUUUGGAAUCCCACCAAUCAUUAAAUUGAGCGCAUGUUUACGUUUUUUUGCUGAGGGAGGGUAUCAAACCGGGGUCGGAAACGAAGGAAGGGUUGGUAUGGCUCAACCUAGUUUCAGCAAGGUGCUAGCUGAAGUACUUGAAGUUUUAGAGGAGCAAUUAUGUCCACAGUGGAUAAAACUACCUAAAACAGUUGCAGAAAAAAGAAAUAUAGCGUUGGCGUUCUAUACGAAACAUAAUUUUCCUGGAAUUGUUGGUUGUGUUGACGGAACGCACCUUCAGAUCAUUGCCCCUUCUGAAAACAGGCACUUAUUUUAUAAUAGAAAAGGAAAAUAUAGCCUUAAUGUCAUGCUCCUUUGUGACAAUGAAUUAAGAAUUUCGUACGUCGAUGCUUCCCAUCCAGCUGCAUGUCAUGAUUCCUUCAUUUGGAAUGUGAGCCCACUAAAGGUGCACUUUGCCCGGCGAAGGCAGCGAAAAUUAUAA